UUAGCGCAGCUGUUGUGAGCAUUGUAAACACCUUGUGGAUUAUUCUGCAGUAAGUGCAGUACUUGGCUAGGAACUGCCAGCAUGAGGAUGAUUGUGAGGAGGACAUGGGCACAGACAUUCGUGAAAGCAUCGGCUGUGGUAGUUGGGAUAUCAUGGCGGCAGUGGGGCAGGGUGAUACAGGAUUCUGGGCCUGUCAAACAAGCACAGACCGGUGGGACCACACUGUGUUGCAGGGCAUUGACAGCCAGACAGCAGAAUGGAGACCAAGUGCUGCAGCAUGUCUUUAUGGUGCUCCAAGUCAGCCUUGUACACAUUCCUGCUAGGAGGAGCAUUUGUUACCUUAGGUUCAAGUCGUAUUCUCCUGAUGAAAUAUUCUGCCAACGAAGAUAACAAAUACGAUUACCUUCCUGCAACUGUGAAUGUGUGCUCUGAGCUAGUUAAACUGGUGUUAUGUAUGACAGUGGCACUCUGGAUAACAACAAAAAAGGGACGUUCGUAUAGUGACUUUGGAUGCACCUCAUGGAGGGAGUUUUGUAACUACAUGAAGUGGUCAAUUCCAGCCUUUCUGUACUUUUUGGAUAACCUGAUUGUUUUCUAUGUAUUGUCCUACCUCCAACCAGCCAUGGCUGUAUUAUUCUCAAAUUUUAUCAUUGUAACAACAGCGCUCCUAUUCAGGAUAGUGCUAAAACGGCAGCUCUCCUGGGUACAAUGGGCAUCUCUACUGAUUUUGUUCCUGUCCAUCAUAGCUCUGACUGCAGGGACCGGAAGCAAUCAGCACAGCUUGGCCACACAUGGGUUUCAUCAUGACAUGUUUUUCAGCUCAUCUAAUCGCUGCCUUCAGUACACCAGGCCUGAGGAAGAAUGCUGGGGAGGAGACAACUGUACGGAAACAGGGUUCUUUCCCAGCUUCAAGUGGAAUGUCACUGCUGCCACUGCAGGAGCAUUGAAACCUCUCCGUCUCGGUUUGGGCCAUCUGCUGAUAAUAGUGCAGUGUUUCAUCUCCGCUUUGGCCAACAUCUAUAAUGAAAAGAUCCUGAAGGAAGGGGACCAGCUCAAUGAAAGUAUAUUUGUGCAGAAUAGCAAGCUAUAUGUGUUCGGGAUGCUGUUCAAUGGGCUGAUGCUGGGCCUGCGCUCUGAGAACCGUUGGCAGAUAGAAUAUUGCGGCUUCUUUUAUGGCCACAAUGUGUUCUCUGUAGCUCUCAUUUUUGUCACUGCCUUCCUGGGGCUGUCUGUGGCCUUCAUUCUGAAGUUCCGAGACAACAUGUUCCACGUCCUGACUGCGCAGAUCACCACCGUGAUCAUCACCAUUGUGUCCAUUGUCAUCUUUGACUUCAAGCCUUCUCUGGACUUCUUCUUGGAAGCACCUGUGGUGCUUCUUUCCAUAUUUAUCUACAAUGCCAGCAAACAUCAAGGCCUGGAAUAUGCCACUCAGCAGGAGAGGAACAAACUCCUCGGUGAGAUCUGGGAGCGAUCCAGUGGGGAUGGAGAGGAACUUGAGAGACUGACCAAAGCAAACAGUGACAUUGAUACAGAUGAAGAUGCCUUCUAGCAUGAGCUUGUGCAACUGAGUGCUGGGUAUUCUCCAAGAGAACAGUGUUGGUAUCUUUUUAAGCUAUGGGAUAGUCUUUUUUCUAAGUGCAACAGUUAAAACUGUUCGGAUGGUUUUGUGAUUCCAGAGUAUUUGUACUGUGUUUUUAAGUUGUGCAAAUAAAACACAGCUCCAAGAUCAGAAUAGGGUGUGUCCAGGUUUAGGGCUGAGGUGUCUGUUGAGAAAAAAUGAGUAAAGCCCAUUGGAUUUCAGCAGCUGACAAGGAAAGCUAGAGAAUUAUCAGUUCGAACCUUAUAUAUUAAGGGUUUUUUUCUCUUCUCACACUAGUGUAAAUCAGAAGUUAAUUCCAGUGCAUUCAAUGAUAAACUGAUAAUAAAAGUGAUAUGAGAGAAAGGUUUGGCCCUAGCUUAAUGAUCUGGAUGACAUGGGAGCUGUAUUAUGUGUAGUAAUCCAGAACACUCGGUGUCCUCAAUUGUACGUUUGUCUAUCAUACACUAGGGUUGUAUGGGGAUAAUAACAUUUCUCACUGGUGAAAGGCCUGAUCCUGUAAACCUCACAUCUGUGAUCCUGACUCAAUUGGGAAUAGUCCCAUUGAAUGGGCCCCUAACAUUUGUAAAGCACUAUAAAGACAUGAAGUGUUAUAUAAGUGCUAUGUAUUCUUAUUUCCAGGGCUACAUGUUCAUUGGUAUUGUGCACCCUUCUGCAAUUUGAUUGAUGGAUGAUUCCACAGCUGCAGAAUGAGUUUCCUCAUUUCUGCAGUUAUCUGCAGGUGCUGUUGCUUCUGUGUGUCCUGUGGAACAUUACACCCAAUUAUAAAUACGUUCUGUUUGUUUGAUAACGUGAUUAGUGUUCCACAGUGGCAGGGAAGCUUUCCAGAUAUUCAGAAUACAAGCUUUUAAAUAAACAGAGGGUUCAUAUACUUCCCUUUGGGGAAGUAAUUUCAUUCUUACUCUACCUGGAAUUGCAGUUUGCCCAUCGCAGACAUCAGGGAUUUUCAUUCUAGUUCACUAUAAAAGUAGUUACCUCAUAUCCAAAUUCACUAUAAGUGUAUUUCACCAUAUCUGUAAAUACAGUGUUUUAAAUUUAAAAAGAUUAACUUGACCCAAAAUUUAGAUUUUUGUAAAAACAAACUUAAAAUAAACCCAACCCUAAGAAAUAUUUCUGUAGUCUUAAAAAAGGAAAAAAAAUCAGAUGAAUAGGUUCUGUUUAGACUAACAUUUUUCUGCAUUGUUUGCAGCCCAGAUGCUACAAAACUGCAUUAGCGUGUGGGAUGGUCUAGGUAACACACAGUCUUGCCUCAGUGUAGGGUCUGGACUAGAUGACCUGUCAAGUUCCCUUCCAGUCCUACAUUUUGAUAAUUCUAUGACCCUGACAGUGAAAUUGACUAGAAACUGUUGGGUAAUUUGGAAAGUCUAUUAUCAUUGUCCGAGAGGAGAGAAACGGUGAAAAGUCUGUUCAGUUUUGAAAAUAAUCUUGUUUAUUCCAUGCAGCAUGAUCUGGUGGACUCAGCAACUCCCGAGUCUAAUGCCUUUUCUUCCACUGCUUCAGUCAGCCACCUUGCCUCAGCCAUUUCAGCUUCCUGCCUGAGUUUCCCCAUUUGUAAUAUAGAGAUAAUACUCUUACCUACCUCACAGGUGUGUUCUGAGGAUUAAUUGUUGAAUGUUUGUGCGGUACUUUGAACAGUAAAAACCUAUACAAACACUUCAAUGUGUUUCAAUAAUUUAAGCUGUUACUAAGAAGAUUAGAACACUUGUGUUUUGGUUUUUAAAUAUAAGGCCAGAUUCACUCACAUGUUUCAACUGCUUUUUGACACUGGCCAUACAAAGCACCUGUAAACCCAGCUUAAUCAUUUGAAUUUGGCUCAUCAUUUUUUUUUUUUUUAACCUGACAGUGUCCUCUCAAACAUACCAUUUGGAUUAGGGAUGUAUUCCCUAUUACAGGUGCUGCUCUUGAAUGUGAAUAAAGAAUGUGUGGUCUGACCAUGGUCCAGAUUCUGAGUUUACCCCAUUUUAGGUCAGGGUCACUAUUGCCUUGUGUAGAGUUCCUCCUUAUGUAUUCUGGUGUAAUUGAGAGCAGAAUAAGGCCUGUUGAUUUCAGCAACUCACCCUUAUAUUGCAUUGUGUGUGAGACUCUGCUGCUUUCAUAUGUACUGGUGCCUAUGGUAUAUGACCGUUUUGUAAAUAGGUGUUGUUUUACAUGUAAUUUAUUAUGCCUAAUUGUGAAGCAAGCCUGAAUAAACUAAAGUUCAUUAUGAAA